AUGUCAGAAAUCAAAUUACACACCUCUGUGGAUUCAUAUCCUAAAUCUCAUUCAACAAGUGGUGAACCUUACUUGACACCUCUAUUCAUCAAUAACGAAUUUGUCAAAUCAUCAACAAAAGAAUGGUAUGAUAUUCAUGAUCCUGCAACCAAUAAAGUUAUUUCAAGAGUACCACAGACAACAGAUGAUGAGUUAAACAAAACCAUAGAAUUGGCUCAUACAACUUUCAAGAAAUGGAAAACUACAUCAAUAAUCAAGAGACAACAAUUAUUGUUCAAAUAUGUUGAGUUGAUUAAACAAAAUCAUGAUAGAAUAGCUUCAGUUAUUGUUGCUGAACAAGGUAAAACUUUUGAUGAUGCCAAAGGUGAUGUCCUUAGAGGUUUACAAGUUGCAGAAUAUGCAACUUCAAUCACCACGGAAUUACAAGGUGUUCAAUUAGAAGUUGCCACAGAUAUGGAAACUUUGAUGAUUAGAGAACCUCUUGGUGUUAUUGCUGCGAUUUGUCCCUUUAAUUUCCCUGCAAUGAUUCCAUUAUGGACAAUUCCUUUAGCAAUUGCAACUGGGAAUACAUGUGUCUUAAAACCUUCAGAAAGAGAUCCAGGUGCAGCUGUUAUUUUGGCUCAAUUGGCUAAAGAAGCUGGUGUACCACCUGGUGUGGUUAAUUUAGUUCAUGGUAAAGUUCCAACUGUUAAUGCUCUUUUGACUCAUAAAUAUGUUAAAGCUGUCCAAUUUGUUGGUUCUUCAAAAGCUGGUGAUUAUAUUUACAAGACUGGUAUUGCUAACGGUAAAAGAGUUCAAGCCAAUUUAGCUGCUAAAAACCAUGUUGUUGUGGUUCCAGAUGCAAAUAAGGCUCAGUUCAUAAAUUCAAUUGUUGGUGCUUUUGCAGGUGCUGCAGGUCAACGUUGUAUGGCUGCUAGUGUAUUGGUUACUGUUGGUGAAACUAAGGAUUGGAUUCCUGAUUUGAUUAAAGCUGCAAAAGAAUUGCAUGUUGGUUCAGGAUUUGAUUCUAAAAGUGAUUUGGGUCCAUUGAUUUCUAAACAAGCUUUAGAUAGAUCCCAUGAUAUUAUUGCCAAAAGUGUUGAACAAGGUGCCAAAUUAUUAUUAGAUGGACGUGAUGUUAAAGUUUCAGGGUAUGAAGAUGGUUAUUUCCUUGGUCCAACUGUUUUAGCAAAUGUUUCUCAGGAUAAUGUUGCAUACUCUGAGGAAAUCUUUGCCCCUGUAUUAUCUGUGAUUCACAAGGAUACUUUGGAUGAAGCUAUUGAAUUUGUUAAUGAAAACCCAUAUGGUAAUGGUGUUGCAUUAUUCACCACUUCAGGUAUUCAAGCCAAGAAAUUCACCAAGAAUAUAGAGCCUGGACAAGUUGGUAUUAAUGUUCCAAUCCCAGUUCCAUUGCCAAUGUUUUCAUUCACUGGUAACAAGGGUUCAUUCAAUGGUGAUUUGAACUUUUAUGGUAAAGCUGGCCUAACGUUCAUGACACAGGCAAAGACAAUCACUUCUUUGUGGAAGACUAGUUUGAUUGAGGAGACUAAACCAUCAACUUCAAUGCCAAAUCACUCAUGA